CAUUUCUGCGUGAACUUCACAGACUCAAUCAGGUAUAUAUUUAAGAUGGUUGAGGGACCAGGAUGUAAGCUGAAAGGAGAGAAUAUGAAGAAGCGGUUGGUGCGGCAACAAGUAGCAUCAGUAGCUGGUAAUGCUCUCAUGAAGGGUGGGAAGAAGGCAGCAGAGACAUCUCCUUUCCUCUGCCUGAAUGGCUCACACUUGACAGAUGUGAAGACAGUUGGGAAGGAACUGUUUGCUUUUUUUGACAAUGGGAAGUGCCUGCGUGUCCACUUCCUCAUGAGUGGCUGGAUCCAAUACAACAAGGAAGGGCAUGAUAAGCAUUUCAAGAAGAGCCAGAUUGAUGUGAAUCCAACCCUUUGCCUUGUCUUCAAUAAGGACACCAUGAAGCUCUAUAAGAGCUCUGUGGAGAUCAGGAACAGUGAAGACUGUGAGAAGAGGUAUCAAGAUUUUCAUCAUUUGGAUAUCUGCAGUGAUACUUUUGAUUCCACUGCUGCAAUUCAACUGAUGACUGCACAGAGCCAUCGCAUGGUUUGUGAUGUUAUCAUGGACCAAGACAUCUUGCCAGGUGUUGGCAACAUCAUCAAGAACGAAAGCUGGCUUCAAAGUACUAAAGUUGGGAUAUCUGAAUGGAAAUGUCCUCAAUGCACCCUCAACAACCUGGACACUCGGAAACAGUGUGCAGCAUGUGGACACCCUAAUAAUGCAGCUAAAAGUGAUGUAAUGGAAGCUGUUGUUCAGAAGAGAGGGACGAGCUCUCACCCCAGAAAAGAAACAAAAGAAGUCAAGUGUGAGAAGCAUAGGAAAGCAUGCCUGAAGAAGACAGUCAGCAAGCAGGGAGACAAUAAAGGCAGACUGUUUUACACUUGCUCAGUGCAAGGGAAGGAUAAGUGCAAUUUCUUCCAGUGGGCUGAUGAGCAUCACCCAGUGUGUAAUCAUGGGAAAAGGAGUGUGGUACGGCAAGUUAUGAAGUGCAAUGCAAAUAAUGGAAGGGAAUUCUACUGCUGCCCUAAUCCCAAAGCCUCUCAAUGUGAAUUUUUUCAAUGGGUGUCAUAA